AUGAACAUCACGGACGUGUUCGAUGCAAUCUCGGGCUACGAAGAACAGCUGGUUGCUCAAGGUGAGGCUAUUGGCAUGGAGCAUGGACGUGAGCAGGGUAUUCUGGAAGGCCACGAGCUGGGGAUAAUGAAGGGCGCGGAAAUUGGCAGUGAGCUGGGUUUCUAUCAGGGGUGCUACUUGAUAUGGAAUCACAUGCUGCAGAAUGAGGAGCUCAAGAACAAAAUACCACUUCGCGCGGCCAAAUCAAUAGCGUCAUUUGGAAUGUUGUUAGAAAAUUUUGAGCUUAAGAAUCUAGUGGACGAGGAUAUUGUGCAGGACCUGCUUCGAAUUCGUGCGAAAUUCAAGGUGAUUACUGCAAUCACAGGCUUACGAGAGACUUUGGUCAACCGUUACUCGCAAUAG